CAUGGGUACCCGUUUUGAAAGAUUGAGUCUUGGAAACACAUACGCAUGUUCUUGUUAACACAUUAAUGGAACCAAGUGCCUGUAAAAAAGUCAGCUAAGAAGAAUGAAUUUUAACUGAUGGUGGCCUUUAAAGAAGUCUAGCUAGUUUAAGGCGUAUUUUUCGGGUGAAGUAUGGGAGACCGUUUUGCAUUACCGGUAGGCUGGUUGCUGACUGAUUCCACCCUAGAAGCCGUUAUUCAGAGCAAAAACCUCUCGCCAGCUGCUGCUUUUGAAGAUGCCAGUGUUGAUUUUAGUUCCCAUAGGAUGGACAUUGAUGAAGCAGGUUCAUCACCAAGAACACUUGUAGAAUGUAGGAUUUGCCACGAAGAGGAUGAAGAUUUAAACAUGGAAAUGCCGUGCUCUUGCCGUGGAAGCUUGAAGUAUGUCCACCGCAGGUGUGUGCAGCGAUGGUGUAAUGAGAAACGAGACACGGUGUGUGAAAUCUGCCACCAGCAAUUCAAGCCAGGUUAUACAUCACCACCUGCUUUGUUCCAUUAUAGUGGGAUUCCAUUGAACUUGAGAGAAAAUUGGUAUAUUUCUGAGAGAGACCUUCAGAGUACUUCAUUCAUAACAGUGGUUUCUACAGAACACAACUUUGUGGACCCAAACUUUGAAGAUCAUUCUGGCUACACUCCAAGGACUUUGAUAUGCUGUCGCGUUGUGGCUAUAACGUUUCUGCUGCUUCUGAUGCUACGUCAUACUCUACCGGUCAUCGUUUAUGGUGCUGGGGAUUACUCAGCUACACUGUUCAUAUUAUUGGUACUGAGAACUGCUGGAAUUCUGUUGCCAAUCUAUGUAAUGGUAAAGGCAUUUACUGCGGUGAGACGACGGAGACAACACGCAGAGGAUCGUGGCCAUCUCUCUAGCGUGCUCGUGUUAGAAGAAGGAAAUGAUUUGCCAAUAUAGAAGACGCGAUCGCAUUCUUGAUCUUCCGAUCUCAAAAAGAGCAUUUUGGUGCACAAAACAUCCCUACAUAAGGGUGUGACAUAGGCAAACUUGCAUUUUUGCCAAAGGAUGCUUUGAGUCUCAUUUGAAAGCUAAUUUUAAAUGGUAUUGGUCAAGGAAAUGGUAACAUAGUCAUCAUUGUUUAGUUCACAUGUUAGGUUUCUUUCUAGGUGUGUAAUGUAAUGUGUAAUUUUGUAGUGUAUAGAAAGAUGUAAAAGAGCCAGACAUCAUAUUCAUGAAUGAAAUUGGGAAGUUCAU